AUGCCACCAAAGCCAUCAGCCAAGGGAGCGAAGAAGGCCGCGAAGACGCAGAAGGCGAGCCGCAGCGGAGACAAGAAGAAGAGGAGCAAACGCAAGGAGAGCUACUCGGUCUACAUCUACCGCGUGCUCAAGCAGGUGCACCCCGACACCGGCGUGUCGUCGAAGGCGAUGUCGAUCAUGAACUCGUUCGUCAACGACGUCUUCGAGCGCAUCGCUGUCGAGGCGUCGAAGCUCGCCCACUACAACAAGCGCUCGACGAUCUCGUCCCGCGAAAUCCAGACCGCCGUCCGCCUGAUCCUCCCCGGCGAGCUCGCCAAGCACGCCGUCUCUGAGGGCACCAAGGCCGUCACCAAGUACACCUCCAGCAAGUAA